AUGGCGAUUCGUGUGACGGACCUUGAAGAGGCUGAUAUUCCUGGGGCCGUGAAAGCCAUACAACAGGCUUUCAGUGGAGAUCCUUACAAUGUCUGGGUCUAUGACCAGUCCAAGUUCAGACCUGAAAGGAACUAUGCCUCCCUCGCGCUCCGCAUGCGAUGGGGCAUGCGCAACGGCAUCUUCCACGUCGCAAAGGAGGAGGGCAGCGACAAGGUGAUGGGCGUAGCCAUGUGGCUGCGUCCCCGGCCCGCCGAUGCACCCCCGACAUGGAAAGACUGGCUCGAGGGCUGGCGUCUGUGGUUCGGACAAGUCAACUACAACAUUUGGUAUGGAAGAGGCGGCUUGAACGUCAAGAGGUACUAUAUUUGGAAAGACGCGCAAGCAAAAGCCCAGCGGGAGCUCUGGACCGACUCGCGCGGCUACUACUUCCUCAACAUCAUGGUCGUCCUGCCCGAGGCGCAGGGCAAGGGCGUCGGGGCCGCGAUGAUGAAGGCCGUGACGGACAAGGCUGAUGCUGAGGGCGUAAAGUGCUAUCUGGAGUCCAGCAAGGAUGUGCCGAACGUGGCCAUCUACGGACGAUGGGGGUUCGUGUUCCAGAAGGAGAUGGUUUGCGAUGACGACGGGGAUGCGAUACGGUUGUACACUAUGAUCCGGGAGCCCAGAGCCAUGCCUGGGGACGGCAGGCGUCGAUCAUGA